AUGGCGAUUACUAUCCUACCGCCGACGUUUGACGACUAUCGACCGACGACCAGUGAUGAGGGACAAGACUCCGAUGAAGAAAUGGACAUGGGCGAUGAUAGCAGACCGGCAAAGAGAGCUCGUCUAUCUGGCAUAACAGAUACUAUUGUUACCCCUGGAGAGAUAAUCACGGAUGACCCGCAAUGGAUGAGAGGACAUGGAACUUUCACGCCUACGGUACCGGUAACAACAAAUAUAAUAGCGACUGUAGCUGGUACAGUGCUUAAGACCAAUAAGCUUCUCUCGGUCUAUCCCCUACGCGCCCGCUACACACCUGAAAUAGGCGACUUGGUGGUUGGCCGAAUAGUCGAGGUGCAAUCAAAACGAUGGAAGGUUGAUGUUUCGGCUCCAUUACUUGCACAGCUACCUCUCUCAGCGAUAAAUCUGCCAGGUGGAAUCCUACGCAAACGUACAGCGGCGGACGAGCUGCAGAUUCGCUCAUUCUUUAACGAAGGUGAUCUCGUGGUGGCAGAAGUACAGAGUGUUCAUGGAGACGGCGCUGCAUCAUUACACACCAGGUCAUUGAAGUACGGGAAACUACGCAACGGCUUGUUUUUGGCUGUUAGUGGAAUGGGUGGUGGUAGCGGGACUGCUAGGGGUACAGGUGUAGUGAGGUCGAGAAGGCAAGUGUGGACGAUUGAGACUGCAUACGGUGGUCCAAUUGAUGUCAUCCUUGGAGUGAACGGGUAUAUAUGGAUCUCCAAACACGUUGGUGAACCCUCAGAUGAAGGUGCGACUGGGUCAAAGUCGAAACAAGUCUCGUUCACACGACUAGAGGAUAUGGUCAACACGUCGAUGUAUUCGAGUCAGAACGAUGAUAUUUCGCUGGCUACGAGGAAGGAGAUUACAAGAAUUGCUGGGUGUAUUCGCGUUCUGGUUGAAGGAGGAGUGAAAGUUGACCAGGAAACGGUCAUGAGAGCCUAUGAAGCCAGCUUGGCUCUGGAUGACGAGGAAGAGGACAGUGACAUGGAGGGGGACGAUGGCCGAACCAUAACUCAUAAGGAGGGUCGGUACUAUCUUGGUGGUGAGAAAGCGAGUAGACUUAUAGCUACUGUCUUGAGCCGAAGACUUCAUUAA